AUGGGAAACAACACCAGCGCCGGCCCAACCGCCGGCACAGAACUACGCUCCCCCGACUCAGCCUCAAUCUACUCCGGCUCCGGCUCCGGCCCCGACUCCAACAACGACACCCAGCAACUGGUCCCCGUCACCAGCUUCCGUAGCAUCAUCAUCUACCACGUCACGGAGCGUACAGCAACCGACCGCAUCCAUGGUGACAAAGAAGGAAUCGGCUGCUUUACCCGCUACUACCUCCAGGCAUCGCACAUCAGGCAUGCCAGCCGAGACAGUUUCUGA